AUGCGUCAGAAUAAAAAGCUUAAGUCGUUCCCUGCCGAUCCUCCGGUGCACCGUCAUGAACUCACAAGUGAGUGGUCAGGAUUCCCAGUCCUCACAAUUGCAUGCUUUGUGUGCCGUGAGUGUCUUCACGAAAGCGGGGGCGAUGGUGUACUUCGACUCAUCGAUUCCUUUCUGGAUACAAUGUCUGGUACACUAACAUUGUCAAAGGGGUACACGUGCUCGGGCGGAAGUCUGCGUCUGCUUCAAUACUUGGCUGUCCAUGAGUCAAAAACAAUGGACAUGUUCCUACGUCGCUGGGAAGUCAACGUCGUAACGGGUCAAAUGGCAGCACGUGGCGAUUUACAGAGUCUGAAGUGGAUCACGGAGAGUUAUUUGCCAGGUGAGUUCUUAACGGAAGUUGUCGCUCAAGCCUCUGCAAAUGGACACGUUGACAUUUUACAGUGGAUGUGGGAGAACCAUCAUGAAGUGGGCUACUGGGGUGGAAUUGAGUUGUGCGGAGCGAUCAGAAAUCGUCAUUUUCGGAUGGUUGAGUGGCUUCAGACUCACGUCGCUUUUCGGCUUGAGUGUGCCCAGCACGUAAUCAAACAAGCGGCAGCGUCUGGAAACUUGAAGGUUGUCAAGUGGCUGUACGAGAGCUUUGGUGUUGCUCUUGAUGAUGCAGCGAAGAUAGCAGCGCUCAACUGCGAGUGGAAGGUCAUUCGAUGGAUCUUGGGUCAUGGCAAGCGAGCUGAUCUGAAUGCUGCACUGCGUUGUGAUGACAUCUAUGUGAGUGCAGCAAAGAGCGGCAACAUAGACACGCUUGAGCUUCUGUCUGAUCAUGGCUUUCCGGGAGAUCCCAUGGUUAUACUAGAUAACGCGAUUUCAGGAGGUCACUUGCACAUUGUCAAGUGGCUGCACGAAAAGAAGGGGGCCUCGAACGUUGGCAACGGAUACAUCGAGGCUGCUAGAAACGGUCAUUUGGAGAUACUGAAGUACUUGCAUGAGAAACAAUUCGACGUUUGUUCAUCCGUAUCUGCUAUCGAUACUGCAGCCGCCGCUGGGUGUCUUGAAGUUGUGCAGUGGCUUCACUCGAACACUCCUACCAAGUGCACGAAUCAAGCUAUGGACGGAGCUGCGAGUGAGGGACACCUGCAUAUAGUCCAGUGGCUCCACCGAAACCGCACGGAAGGAUGUAGCCGCCUUGCAAUGCACUUUGCAGCUGAGAACGGCUACCUCCAUGUAGUCAAGUGGCUCCAUGCAAACCGAAGCGAGGGCUGCUUCGCUCUAACGAUUGCAAGGGCCGCAGAGCACGGGCAUUUGGAAGUGGUUGCGUGGCUUUAUGAGAAUCGCGGAGAGGGCUUUGAUUUCAGUGGAGUAAUGGACAGAGUAGCCUUGAAUGGCCAUUUGAGAGUUUUGCAAUGGUUGCAUGUGAAUCGCGCGGAAGGAUGCACUACAGCGGCUAUGGAUGCAGCUGCGUACAAUGGCGACCUCGAGAUUGUGAAAUGGCUCCAUGAAAACCGAAUCGAGGGGUGUUCGAAGCGAGCAAUGGAUGGAGCUGCCAUGCGUGGACAUCUGGGCGUGGUUAAGUGGCUACACGCAAAUCGAUACGAAGGUUGCUCGGCGGAUGCUAUUGACAGAGCGGCUGGGAACAAUCACAUUGCAGUGGUGAGAUGGCUUCACCGUCAUCGCUCCCAACGGUGCACGCACAGGGCUAUGGUGUGGCUUUUUAAAAGGUCAAGGUGCCUUGAGACAGCAGUUUACCUCUUUUCGGAAUUUCCGGAAUGCCGGACAUUCCAUUUGGGCCCCGAGUGUGAGUUUGCUUGGCUCGAAGUUAUUCAGUGGCUCCUUGAGCGUGCUCCUGGCGCGUUGGAAGCGUGUUCACUACGCGUCAGGUCAUGGAAUUGGCACCUCUGUAACUAUCUCAAAAACAAUGGCUGGAAGCAGACGAGGAAAGAGGGAGUGUUCAUAAUUUGGGAUCAGUGUGACAUGCGGAUCGCUCACUAG